CUAUCACUCUAUUCCAUUUCUUUCCACUUACGAACUGAACCUCUCCCCACCAUGGCCAACCACCACCACCAUCAUCAUCAACGACCGCAUCGCCUCUCAGUUCCACCGCGCUCCACCUCCCCCACCACCUUCAGCUCCAGUCCCACACGCUACCCUUCGUUCCCAUACACUUCUUCCUCAUCGACUCCAACCGCAACCCCAUCCAAAACCCGUCUCUCCACCAUCCCCUCCUUCAAAUCCUCAUCCAAAUCGAAAUCGUCCCUCUCCUUCCUCUUCCUCCUCCUCCUCUCCCUUCGCUCCCUCUACUCCCUCCUCCCUUUUCUCCGCUCCUCCCCUUCCUUCUCCCUCUUCCCCUUCUCCUUCCUCCUCUCCCUCCUCUCCUUCCUCUUAACCCUCUCCUUCUCCCUCUUCUCGUCCCACUCUUCUCUCUUCUUCUCUUCUUCCAAUUCCUUAGACCCUUUCAACCAACACAAACCGAAGCAGCCUCUUCUUGCGCUUUCUUCUUUAACACACUCUCAGCAGAGGCUUCUUGUCGCAAAAUCAGUCCUUCUCGCUCUUGUUUUUCUCCUCCGCUUCCAGGCUCUCCGCUACUGCGGCACCGCCGCCACCAUCCUCGCCGAGUUCACCGGGACCGUGGCAGCGCGGUUCUUUGCAGAGCGGAGGACUCAGAACUGGAACCGGUGGCGAAAAUUGCGUGGCUUCGGAACUCUGAUUUUGGGAUUGUUUAUGCUGGCUUUUGGUUGGGAUAAAGAAGAGUGCUUCCCUUUGUCUAACAAAUUGGGGAAGAUGAUUCUCCCGAGCGAAAGCUGUGUGGCGAUUUGGCCAAUGCUGCUUCCAUUUGUGGCUGGGUUUAUCGGUUGUUACGAAAGAAUUUCGAUGGAUUGGGGAACGAUUAGGCAGCUAGGUCAAAAACGGGUACGGCUAAUUACUCUGUUUUUCACUACAAUUGUGCUUCUUGUUCCUGCUCUAGUUAGUUUUUUCGUGUUUGAAUCUGAAGAAGAUAGUGUUUCCUUUGGAGAUUUGGCUUGGCCUUUGGUUAAUACUGUUGCGUUCGCUGUGAUUUUGAGUGAGAAUUACACCAAUGAUGAGAAGCUGGUGAGUUCUAAGGACACUCAGAGGGAGUAUUUGGUCACUUUUGUGUGUAUAUUAUUAUUGCAGCUUUUCUAUUUCCCCGAACUUUCGCUUUGGGGUUUGUUGCUUUGUGGUUUAUUGCUGUACAUUGCUGUUAGAGACUUAGAUCCUUUUCGCCAUGAUGUUGCUGGAUCUAGGGAGGAGUCCUCGGAGUUCUUGUCUGAUAUGAUUAUGAAGCCUAUUAGGCAUAUUUUGAGCGAGAGGAAAUCGCGGAAAAUCGCGCUCUUUCUCUUGAUCAACACUGGGUAUAUGGUUGUGGAAUUUGUUGCAGGAUUUAUGAGUAAUAGUCUUGGGCUGAUAUCGGAUGCGUGUCACAUGUUGUUUGAUUGUGCUGCUUUGGCCAUUGGGCUGUAUGCUUCAUAUAUAUCUCGUUUACCUGCAAAUAAUUACUAUUACUAUGGCCGCGGAAGGUUUGAGGUUCUGUCGGGGUAUGCAAAUGCUGUUUUUCUUGUUCUUGUGGGAGCUUUGAUAGUGGUGGAGUCUUUUGAGAGGAUAUUGGAUCCUCAAGAAAUAUCAACGAGUAGUUUGUUAGUUGUGUCUAUCGGAGGGCUUUUAGUCAAUAUGAUUGGCUUGAUAUUCUUUCAUGAGGAACAUCAUCAUGCCCAUGGAGGGUCUGGAUCAUGCUCUCACUCUCACUCUCACUCUCACUCUCACUCGCACUCGCACUCAGAGUUACAUACUCAUCACUCCCACCAUUCCCAUGGUAAACAACAUCAUCACCAUGCCAUACAUGGAAGCAAUCAAGAGCGAACUAAUGUUUCUGGUGGUUGCCAAGAAAAUUCAUGCCAUGGUGAUUCUGGUAAUCACCAUCACUGCAAUCAUCCAGUGAAGGGCGACUGUCAUGCAGACAGUCAUGGGAUUCAGAGCAUUCAGCAUCAUGAGAACACCAACUGCCAUGAACAUCAACACGAACAUCAUCAUAAUCAUGACCAUCACCAUGCUAACCACCAUUGUCAUGAAGCUUCAGUUGCUCACUGCUUGGAUGUUAUCGAUGUUGCCAAAUCUCAUUGUGAAGGAGUGAACUCUACUGGACAUUGCGAUUCAGAGCUAUGGGAAUCGUAUACUAAAGCAGAGGAGCAGCGAGAGCACAGCCAUCACCAUAUUGAUCACAAUAUGGAAGGCAUAUUCUUGCAUGUUCUUGCAGACACGAUGGGGAGUGUUGGCGUCGUUAUAUCUACCCUAUUAAUAAAGUACAAGGGAUGGCUUGUUGCUGAUCCCGCCUGCUCAAUUUUCAUUUCGGUUUUAAUUGUAUCCUCUGUAAUACCUUUACUCAGAAAUUCAGCCGAAAUUUUGCUCCAGAGAGUUCCGAGGGCGCAUGAACAUGAACUCAAGGAUGUGUUAACUGAUAUAGUGAAGAUAAAAGGUGUUUCCGGCAUUCAAAAGUUUCACGUAUGGAGCUUAACAAACACAGAUGUAGUUGGGACACUUCAUCUACAUGUGUCAACAGACAGUGACAAAGUGUCUGCAAAGUCUCAAGUUUCUCGUUUAUUGCAUAAUGCUGGAAUCAAGGAUUUAACCUUGCAAGUUGAAUGUGUUAGAUAGUAUUUAUUUUACAUUGAAUGUGGUUUACAUAUUUUUGUGUAAAUGUAACAAAUUUGCAAGUGCUAGGCUUGCCAAACUGAUAUUUUAGGUUGUAUAGUCUUAUUUGUACGAAAAAUGAGAUUAAGCAUCCAAAGGUUAAAGUUCUUUGCUCAAAUGUGAUCUAUCAUGGUUUCUCUUGGAAAAUUGUCUGCGACUCUCAAGGCAGUUUACUUAUUAUUACUUUGGAAAAGUCUCAUAAAAUCAGUCCAUAGCAUCGGUU